AUGGGAGAUGAACAGACAAACAGAUAUCGAAAGGCAAACACAAGUCUUGCUAUAGUACACGUCUGCCUGAGGUCUUUCGUUAUGCGGUUAGCAGUGCUUCAGUUCAUGGCUGGCUUCUGUGGAGCUCUGGGAUGCAUGUUUUUUCUGUUUUCUCUUGGUACAGACUAUUGGCUUUUAUUCUUAGAGUCUUGUGAUCCACAAGAAAAAAUAAGAAAAGUCAUUAGAAAGGAUGACCUAAAAGAAGACCCAGAUGGUGCUAAAAGCACACUCCUGUCCUACCAUGAAGGCAUCUUUUGGAGAUGCUCCUACAGAACGGACAAAGUAGAGGAGAGCAUACUGGAUUUCUGGAUCACAAAUCAACCCACAGAAAAGAUCUGCAUGCCUGUGUACCUUAACCAAGAUCCUCUACCUGGGAAAAGAAGGAGCACUUUAAAUGCAGAUACAACUACAUUGCAUAGGACCUUUUGGUGCAUUAUGUCUAUUCUGGGACUCACCAUGGUUAUGAUUGGGGUGUUUGUUACCAUCUGCGGUGUCCCAAGAGCCAACCGCCGCCUUUAUGAAGCUGGAGGUGCUCUUUUCAUGACUGGUGGAUUCUUGCUUUUGGUUGUGGUGGUGACAUUUGUAGUAUGGGUGCAGGUCUCAGGCUCUCUGGAACAUUACAUCCUUCUGCACAGGUCCUCCGUGUGCCCGGACCUGCACCUUAGUCUGUACUAUGGACCGUCCUUCAUGCUGGCACCCCCUGCCUCAUUCUUCAGCAUCCUUUGUGGCAUCUUCCUACUCACACAGGCUGCCUCACAAACAGUAUCAGCAAAUGCAGAAAACAAACCCUUAUCUGUACAGAAGGAACAGGAAGUGAACAAUCCGGAGUAACAACACUGAACAGUUAAAGAACAGUUAGGUUUUUCUAUUGGUUUGCACUUUUUGAUAUUCACACUGAAGGAAGAUUUCUUAGAAAAAACUAUAACUUGGAGCAAACUGUAGGAGGCAAUCAUAAGCAUGGAGUAGACAAAAGCUGAGCAUAGUGUUCGCUGUCUUAUUCUAGUGUGUGGAGUAGAUCAGGGGUCCUUAACCCUGGUCCUGUAUGACCCCUUGCCCUAUACAUUUUAGUGUUUUCUCUGCUUCCAGCCCACCUGAUUUA